AUGGUUCAAAAAAUGAUUAACCAAAAUUAUAUGGGUGUAUUGUUAAGAGUUUAGAUUUAUUUAGUCAAUGCGCUCUAACUAAUUACUAUUAAUACAUUGAGAAAAUAUAUAUUAGUUUAUUAUUUUUUAUAAAUGCAAAGCUCAAACUUAUAUUUUGUAUAUAAUUCUGGAUCUGAAUAAUUUUGGAAAAGAAAAGAUUAUUAGUUAAUAAAUGACCUUAUGUAAGGAUUGCUCCAAGAUUCAAGGGAGAUGAUAACAAUGUAUAAAACAGGGACAAUAUUGAAAAAGUUAAUUGCUAGACAAUAUAAAACCUUUUAACAACAUUUGUUUUAUUUUAGAGACGUACAAAUUUUUAAGUUAAUAGAAAGAAUGGGGAGUUGGGAGGAUUCGUUGUUUUGAAGAACGUCUAUUUUAAACUAACCAAAAAAAAUGUUACCCCUAAUAUUCCUUAUGACAGUUGCCUUACUCUAAUAAGAGAUCACAGUAGAAUUGAUCUUUAUUUUAACCAUUCAGUUGAGAUCGAUUUAUUUUUGAAAGAACUAUAGAAAUGUUGUAUUAUCGACGGCUUUGAGUAGCAAUACUUAUUGCUUCAAAAUAUAGGUACUGGUUCAACAGCUCAAGUGAGACUUUUCAAAAUAAAUUAGGUCUUUUUAGCAGAAAAUAUUCUCGACCAUACAUUUUAUGCAGUAAAAUAGAUUGAGAAGGAACAAGCCACUGGGAGACAUCGUGUAUUGAGAUCGAAAACACUAUUAGAAGAAAUUUUUAUGAUGCGGAGUUUGGAUCACCCGAACAUCAUGAGAUUGCAUCAAGUAUACGAAUCAGAAAGUAGAAUUUCUAUUAAUUAAAGAACACAUUCGAUUAGUCAUCAGUCUUUUCGAAGGAGGACAAUUGAUCGAUAAAAUCAAAAAUUUUAAUUUCCUAAUCAAAAGAGAGUUAGUCAAAUUAUUAAUUGAAACAGUUCAUUAUAUGCACACCAAAGUAUUUUAAAGCUAAAUUAGGGAAUUAUGCAUCGAGAUUUAAAACCAUUCAAUAUCCUCUAUAAAAGCAAAGAUCCUUUAGAUUGGCAAUUUGGAAUAGGAGAUUUUGGAUUCUCUACUUCAAUCAAACAACAAUAGCAUAUACUAUAUAAAUGUGGUACUCCUGGAUAUGUUGCACCAGAAAUCAUAGAAUAUCGAGAAAAGGCAAAGAUGUAUGGAUAAUCCUGCGAUGUGUUUAGUAUUGGUGUAAUUAUAUAUGAAAUGUAAGAAUAGCAAAUUUAAAUAGUUUUUUUAAUUCUCAUCCAUUCAAAAGUAAGACAAAAGAUGAUACUUUAAGAUAAAAUGUGAAUGCUUAAAUUAAUUUUGAUGACAAUGUUUGUAUUCCCUAAUCACUCAAGUCUUUGAUUAUUUCUAUGGUCAGAAAAAAUCCUCGCCAUAGAUUCACUUUAUAAUAAUGUUUAGAUCAUGACUUUUUCAAGGAGAGUUUAUCAAAAUUUAACGAACUAUCAUAAGAAAUUUAAGAGUAAAUUUAUAAAUGCAAUUUUCUAGUCAUGAACCAAAGACAAUGGAGAUUCGAAACAUAAGAUGUCAAACACUUUAGUUAUUAAAAACACAAAAUAAUAAAAGAAGGCAAUCUUUACCUCAAGAUAUCUCUGUUACACAGGAACCAUAAAUUUAAUAGAGUAAGACUCAGAUUUAUUAUGAAAAGGAAAAAGUAUUCUAAUAAAACACAGAUAAUCAGUCUCAUCUACACAUGAGUCAAAAUUGAAACUAGAAUCUCAACAAUAGUUCUAAUUAAGCUAAUAAAAUCGAAUAAAUUUUGCAUCUUAACUAAAAAUAACGAAAUUAGAAAAGAUUUGUUAAAUUUUCCUGAAUGAUUAGCAUUACAUUCCAAAAGAAUUUGGAAAUAUAUAUUUAAUUAAGAAAUAUUGA